CCGCCAUCAUUCAUUCGACAGAUUGCUUCUCCAAAAUCCAAAAUCCAAAAUCCAUAGUCACCGUAGAUCCCUGUAUUCUAUGGGCAUAUCCUCUGUUAUUUCUUUUUCUUUUUUUAAUUUUUAAUCAAUAUCUCCUUCACUCUGAGAAUAUUGUUUUGUAUGCACUGACACAUGGACGACGUUUUCAAUAUGAAGUGAGAAAGGUAGGAAUAUCUGAAUAUUUGGAUUGAAAAUUCUCGGAGUGACCAAGGAAGUUGGUGUUUUGGGAAGCAAAGAAACAGUUGGGAUUUUUGUCUGCUUGUUGUUGGAGGGAAGAGGCAUCUGGGUUGUUUUAAAUAUCAGCGAAAUUGUGAGAAAUGAGAUCAGCAACUUUUUGUGUGUGUGGAAGAACGGCUCAUUUGACCCACAUUUACCAUUGUUAUAUGCCAUUUGGCAUUCAAUUGGAGCAAACCCUCUUGCCCAUUUCAGCUCUAAGGGGCUAUUUUAUAGAGCGCACUGAGUUGAUCAAGCUGCCGCCUUUGGAAGGCGUAGAAUAUAUAUUCUACAAUCUUUGCAUUUCCACCAAGGCACUGCCGGAAGGCCUGAACGGCGAGGGAGAUGGACCCUGGAAAGUCAAUAGAGGACCAGUUCUCCAGGCUGCAUCCAUGCCUGCCUAUGAACACAAGAAUUGGGAUAGUAGGCGCUGGUCCAAGUGGUUUAUCAGCUGCUUAUGCACUGGUGAAGCUUGGUUACAGCAAUGUGACUGUGUUAGAGAAGUACCAUACCGAAAUAUUUAUGAUCUGGGUGGUCAAGUUCUUGCUGCAAACAGUGCCCCUGUCAUCUUUCACUUGGCAAAGGAGACUGGGUCUGAACUAGAAGAAAUGGACUCCCACAAGCUUGCACUUAUUGACAAUACUACAGGGGAGUAUCAAGAUAUUAAAGUUGCAGAUGAUUAUGUAUCUGUGAUCUCACUUACCUUAGAACUCCAGGAUAAGGCAGCAAGUUCAGGUCGAAUUGGAGUCCAUGCUGUGAGUGAAUAUGCUUCAGACUUAACGCCAGUAUAUCUUGAACAUCAUGGAUUUAAGUCUGUUCCCAAAUCCGUGGCUUAUGGAUACACUGCUUCUGGUUAUGGGUAUAUUCAAGACAUGCCUUAUGCCUACAUUCAUGAGUUCACACGAACUUCCAUGGCUGGGAAAAUACGCCGUUUCAAAGGUGGAUAUACAAGUCUUUGGAAGAAGAUCAGUGAAUCACUCCCAAUAGUUCACUGCAACACUGAAGUGUUAGAGAUCAGACGCCAUUCUGAUUGUGUCAGUGUUGAUCUAAAAAGUUGUGAUGGAGAAGUUAAAGUUAUGGAGUUCGAUAAAAUCAUCAUUUCUGGUUCCUUUCCUUUAAAAAAUGGAAGAACUUACAGAUCACUACCUUCACAUCCUGCAGAACAUAAAAGUGAAGUAAUGGAGAUGGGUGAUGUUGAGAAGGAGUUGUUCAGUAAAGUACAGACAAUUGACUACUACACUACUGUUCUGAAGAUUAAAGGGAUAGAACAUAUGCCGAUGGGUUUCUACUACUUCGAUGAAUAUAUAAGCAAUCCUGCAACAAUUGGACAUCCAGUUGCCAUGCAGAGAUUCUUUGCUGACACUGAUAUUUUCUUAUUCUGGUCUUAUGGAAAUUCUGUCAAUAUUACGGGACCAACUGUGACAAAGCUUGCAAUUGAUGCUGCAAAACUUAUAGGGGGAGAAGUUAAGGAGGUGGUUCUCCAACGACGAUUUAAGUAUUUUCCUCACGUUGGCAGCCAAGAGAUGAUGGAUGGUUUCUAUGAGAAAUUGGAAUCUCAACUUCAAGGCUUCAAGAACACUUACUAUGUAGGUGGGCUUAUGGCUUUUGAAUUAACGGAGAGAAAUUCAUCAUAUGCUAUGGGUUUAGUCUGCAAACACUUUGCAAAUGACAAUUCCAUGCCAAACUUUCCUUAUGCUAAGAGUUUGUUUGCCUUGCAACAACAGUGGGGAGGAAGCCCUAAAAGCAUGGCCGAAUUACCAGAAGUGGAGUUCCCUAAUCUGCCUUCCCUUGAUGGCUAUCUGAAGCACUGGGGAGCUCACAGAGUCACUCAAAACAAGUUACUUUAUACUUGGAUUAGUGAAGAAGGGGAAGUGGUGAGCCAGAGAACUUAUGCAGAACUUCAUGCCAAUGCUUCUUGCAUUGCCCAAAAGCUCUUGUCAUGCCGGAAACCAGUAAUCAAGCCUGGUGACAGGGUUCUCCUGGUCCAUGUCCCAGGCCUGGACUUUGUGGAUGCCUUCUUUGGAUGCUUAAGAGCUAAAGUCUUACCUGUCCCAGUUCUACCUCCAGAUCCUUUACAAAGAGGCAGGUUCAGUUAA